AUGCACGCAGAACAUACGGCAACAAGGUGUGUGGCCGGAUGCAGCGUCGUGAUAGUGGGGAGCAUCUUCUUCGCAGAGUGGCUGGCCUUCCACACCUUUUCCAAGCCGCCUCCUGUGUGGGUGCUUGUGUUCAACGCGACCUGGCUGUUGGCAAUCUGGAGUUAUCUGCAAACAGCUUUGACAAAUCCUGGCACACCCGCAAGCCCCGAGUGGGUCGACUGGGCACGAGCUCGCAAAGGGAGCAGAACGGUGCAACAAUGGCAAAAGGAUGCAGAAGAGGAAGCAUGUGGUGAUUCGAAGAAGUCCUGGUCGCCGGGCAAGCCGACUUGGUGCCGAACCUGUCGAAUGGAGCGGCCCGAACGCGCCCAUCAUUGCAGCUCUUGUGGCACAUGUGUGCUGCGCAUGGACCAUCACUGUCCCUGGGUAGGAAGCUGCAUUGGUUGGCGAAACCACAAGUACUUCCUGCUCCUGAACUGGUGGUGCUUUUGGGCUUGUCUGUCCUUCAUGCUGACAAUAUGCCGCCCGUCGAUGAUGGAUGCGCUGUCCAUCGCUCCUGGCAAUCUGGAUCUCAACAGUGUGCUGGCACUCUUCUCGAUGCUGGCGAUCUUGGUCUUCCUCCUCUUGACAGGUAUUCUCUUCAUGGUCUCGCUAUGGUCAGCAAUGAGGAAUUGCACGACGGUCGAGGAUUAUUUCGUGGGCGACAACCCGUACACCCUGCCCUCGUCCAUAGACAACCUGACACAGCUUCUGGGCAAGCCGGGAAUCAGGUGGCUGGUUCCUGUGCCCUGUGACUGCAGGCCAUCCGAUGGCACAAGCUUCGAACUGAACUGCAGCCUGUCCUUCGAGGCGGUGCACGGCGGCGGAUAUGGCGCCGUUUGA